CCAGGUGUGCUGGGCUCCCUGGGUGUCUGUCUUCUUAAGGACAGGAGUUCAUGGGGGGACAGAAGCAGAGAAGCAGGCCACGCUCUCAGCUCUGUCUUCCCUCCCAGGAGUGUCUGGCCCUCAAGAACUUCGCUGCCCUCCGUGCCAUUCUCGUGGGCCUGCGGAGCCGUGCCAUACUUCGCCUGGGAAGCACCUGGAGACGUGUUUCCUGGAAGAGCUCCAGGAUCUAUAAAAAGCUUCAAAAGACGGACGAGAAGGCUAACAGAGAGUGGCUCCUCGAGGAGGCGAGGGCCAUCGUGAAGCAACAGCUGUGUGUCCCCAGCAGAUCCCAGAAUAGGAAGAAGCAGGGCAUGGUCCCGUUUCUCGGAUUAUUUCUGCGUGGUGUGCCUGUAGACCAACUCCUGGAAUAUAAUGAGGAUGGUGACGGGAUGAGAGAGAGACAGUUGAAUGCCAAGUCACAGAAGGUCACUACCCUCAGACUGGAGAUCAUGCUUCAUAAGCGCUUGGCUGGGCUGUACGACCUGGAGCCCGAGGAGCGCUUCGUGUCCUUUUUCCAGGCCGUGGAGCCCCUGGAUGAGGAGGAGAGGUGA